UCUCUCCCCUCCACUCUCAUUCCGCUCAGGGCAGAGAGCGACCUUGCUCGAAAGCCUCAUUACGCUGAUAUUCACGUGAAAUCGAACAUAUCACGCCAUCAUGAAAGUCUCUGCGCUGCAUAGUGCCCUCUUGGGAAUGCUCGUCUCCCUUCCGAGUCUGAUCCCUGCGCUCGAGCAGCACGUCUUCCUCACCCCACCACAGCCACUCAGCAGCCAUGGAGUAAUUCAUAGGUUCAAAUUCAGAGAUGCAGAAAGUCUCGGGGGGAUUCUGUCCGAGGCUGAGUCUCACGCGCUCGAUAUCUGGCAGAUUCGAACAGAUUCGAGCAGAUUUGUGGAUAUAUACACCCCUGAAAAUUUUUCCGCUCUCCCACUCUCGCUGGCUCGCCUUCCUCAUUCAUCAAGCAACGUCUGGUCCGACAUUCCACCGUCCCGUUCUGAACUCUCGCCGUCCGAUUGGGGACUGGAAACGCUUGGAAACUCAACCUUUCAUGCAAGCUAUCAUACGCAAAACGAUGUCGACGCGUUCAUGCUCGAAUUGCGUCGCCUGCACCCUUCGCUCGUCACUCUUCUCACACUGGGGCAUACCGCAGAAGAAAGAGAGAUGCUGGGUCUGAAGAUUUCCAAAGAGACUGGGAAAAAGAAGCUGGGAUUUGUGAUCAUGGGGCCACAACAUGCACGCGAGUGGGUCGCAACGUCGACUGCACUCUAUAUCGCUCAUGCCCUCCUCUCUGAUUCUUCCGAGCCUCGUUCCCUCUCCCAUUUACUGGAUGUCUAUGAUUUUCACAUCAUACCAUCGCCGAAUCCAGACGGUUAUGUUCACACAUGGAAAAGCGAUCGUUUCUGGUACAAAAAUCGACAGAUAGUUGGACCACAAGCGAAAUGCAUUGGGAUAGAUAUGAACCGGUGGGCCCUUUUCUCACGUAUAAAAUUGCAAUCUUAUCUCCUCGUGUUAGGAACUGGGUAUCUAUCUAUCUCCAAACUCUUGCGCUCUAUUGAUACGUCUUCCAAGGGCUAUAAAUGGAAACCCGAGGCCGAUCACCCAUUGAUCAAAGCGAACACUAAGAAAGAGGAGCCUGCUGAUCCCUGUUCGCACUGGUAUCCGGGUCACAGGGCUUUCGAAUCCCCAGAAGUGAAUAAUAUCGCGAAUUAUAUAACGAAGAUCGGCGGUGUCGGUAAAGGUGCGAAAGGUGGGGUUGUGGCAUUUCUUGAUUUAAGAAGUUACGGACAAAUGGUGGCGGCGCCAUUCUCGUAUAAAUGCAACAAAUUCCCUAAGGACGCGGAAUUCCAGAUGGAAGCGUUGCAUGGGGCUGUCCAAGCGGCAAAAAGCAUCCAUGGCACACAAUUCGAUACAGGAACACUUUGCGAAUUAUUGUAUCGCGCACCUGGCAAUUUCCUGGAUUAUGUCUAUAAAAUCGCAAAUAUCAAAUAUGCGUAUGCCGCAUUCCUUCGGGACACGGGGACAUAUGGAUUCUCCCUGCCAGCCUCCUGGAUCCGCCCUGUUGGAGAGGAGACUGCCGAAUUGGUACAAUAUCUGGGGAAAUUUAUCGCGAAACAAUAUGGGCUUGCUCUUUGAUUCUUUCUUUUGUCCUCGACGACCGUCUGUAUAUUAUCCAGUAGUUGUUUGUACGUUACUAGUUUCUUCAUGUUUCUAUUCCUCGAUGUGAUCAAGAGGAAGAUCGGCUGGCUUCCUCAUCGUUCCGA